UCGAAGGGACAUGAGCCAGCGCAGCCGACCGAACGUGCUUGUGACGGGAACGCCCGGAGUGGGCAAGACCACCAUGUGUGAGCUGCUUGCCGAGGAGGCCGGCAUGAAGCACAUCAACUUUGGCUCAAUCCUUCUCGAGGGAGGCUUCAACGCCGGGUACAAUGCCGAGUUUGAUACCCAUGACGUUACUGAGGAGAACCUGGCGGAUGCAUGCGACUCGAUCGAGGCUGCGAUGGGCGAGGGUGGGGUCAUUCUGGACUAUGCGUCGUGCGACUACUUUCCGGAGCGGUGGUUCGAUCUUGUGGUGGUUCUGGUGGCCGAGACCAACUCGCUGUUCCCGCGGCUGGAGGCUCGUGGCUACAGCAAGAAGAAGGUGACGGAGAACAUGCAGGCCGAAAUCUUCCAGGUCGUCCUGCAGGACGCGUACGAGCUGUAUCCGAACGUCCGCAAGGAGACCCUGACGUCGAACACGGUCGACGAGAUGCAGGAGAACAUCGCGAGCAUCCAGCAGAUGCUGCAAGAGGUGGGGAGCGCGGCCAAGUGAGGGAGCGGAGGCGGAUGACGAAUCAAACAUGAAAGAGUAUAUGUGCGA